CGACGGCCUUUCUCUGCGAGGACCCCGGCAGCGGGACUGUCCCGCAGCGCCUGCUUAGCGAGACGGGGUUGCGGACAGAGAGCAGCUGGCGGACUCGCGGUGGUGGGACUGCGUGGCUGCCACGGAGCUAGCGGUUACAAUGGCUAGAAAUGCACUCUAAAUUUUUGUAGCAAGAUUGGAUUUUGUGAAUUUUUGUAACUAUUUUUCUUUGCUGUGGCUUUGUCAAGUGAAUUUUGGUAAUGUUCUUUUCAUUGAGGACACUUAUGUUAAAGGAUUAAUAACUAAUAUUUAUAUAAGACAGAAGAAAAAGAUGUCAUUCCGUAAAGUAAACAUCGUCAUCUUGGUCCUGGCUAUUGCUCUCUUCUUAUUGGUUUUGCAUCAUAACUUCCUCGGCUUGAGCAAUUUGCUAAGAAAUGAGGUUUCAGAUUCAGGAAUUGUGGGGCUUCAGCCUGUCAACUUUGUCCCAAAUGCUCCCCGACAUGCAGUAGAUGGGAGACAAGAGGAGAUUCCUGUGGUCAUUGCUGCAUCUGAAGAUAGACUUGGGGGGGCUAUUGCAGCCAUAAACAGCAUUCAGCACAACACUCGCUCCAAUGUGAUUUUCUACAUUGUUACACUCAACAGUACAGCAGACCAUCUUCGGUCCUGGCUCAACAGUGAUUCCCUGAAAAGCAUCAGGUACAAAAUUGUGAAUUUUGACACUAAACUUUUGGAAGGGAAAGUAAAGGAGGAUCCUGACCAGGGGGAAUCCAUGAAACCAUUAACUUUUGCAAGGUUCUACUUGCCAAUUCUGGUCCCCAGUGCAAAGAAGGCCAUAUAUAUGGAUGAUGAUGUAAUCGUGCAAGGUGAUAUUCUCACCCUUUACAAUACACCACUGAAGCCAGGACAUGCAGCUGCAUUUUCAGAAGACUGCGAUUCGGCCUCUACUAAAGUUGUCAUCCGUGGAGCAGGGAACCAGUACAAUUACAUUGGCUAUCUUGACUAUAAAAAGGAAAGAAUUCGUAAACUCUCCAUGAAAGCCAGCACCUGUUCUUUUAAUCCUGGAGUAUUUGUUGCAAACCUGACAGAAUGGAAACGACAGAAUGUAACCAACCAGCUGGAAAAAUGGAUGAAACUCAAUGUAGAAGAGGGACUGUACAGCAGAACACUGGCUGGGAGCAUCACAACACCACCUCUGCUUAUCGUGUUUUAUCAACAGCACUCUACCAUCGACCCUAUGUGGAAUGUCCGCCACCUUGGUUCCAGUGCUGGAAAUCGGUAUUCGCCCCAAUUUGUAAAGGCUGCCAAGUUACUCCAUUGGAAUGGACACUUUAAGCCAUGGGGGAGAACUGCUUCAUAUACUGAUGUUUGGGAAAAAUGGUACAUUCCAGAUCCAACAGGCAAAUUCAACCUAAUCCGAAGAUAUAUGGAGAUCUCAAACAUAAAAUGACAAAGAACUUAAAAACUAUAAGCAUUUCUCAGGAAAUCCUGGAAGACAGUAUAUGUGGGAAGUAACCAUUGCUAGUCCUCAAUGCCUAUCUGUAGCAUCCCAAGGAAAAGAUGUUUUUGCUGGAUUAAGAUGACAGACUUCCCUGUCUGGCAGUCAGCUUCUAAGAUAAACUAUAUGCCUCCAUCUGCCUUACCAAGAGUUUUCGUACUACAAAGCUGAAUGACCAGAAGAAAUGGACUGAUAUGGCUAGUUCAAAACUGCUGUUAGUUUUAAUUUUGUACUCUGUGACCUGACUGUAAGUAAAAACUACAUCUUUUAAUAGGUA